AGCAGCCCACUCAGCCUCAGCAGCGCGCAGCUUUCCUCGGGGGGCAGAGGCGGCGUGGUGCGGCCAUGGCGGAGCCUGCCGAGAAGCUAUACCGAGCCGAGUACGCCAAGAGCGGCCGAGCCUCCUGCAAGAAAUGCGGCGACAACAUCGCCAAGGACUCGCUCCGCUUAGCCAUCAUGGUGCAGUCCCCCAUGUUUGAUGGCAAAGUACCCCACUGGCACCACUAUACUUGUUUCUGGAAGCGGGCUCGGCUGGUGGCUCAUACUGAUGUGGAUGGCUUCUCAGAACUGCGUUGGGAGGACCAGGAGAAGAUUAAAAAAUCCAUAGAAAGUGGCGGUGCUGGGACAGGCAAAGGUGGUGACCAAGAAGGAGGUGGCAAAAGUGAGAAGAGUUUAAAUGAUUUUGCAGCAGAAUAUGCAAAGUCCAAUAGAAGUACCUGCAAAGGUUGUGAGCAGAAGAUAGAAAAGGGUCAAAUUAGAAUUUCAAAGAAAAUGGUGCAUCCUGAAAAGCCCCAGUUGGGAAUGAUCGAUAACUGGUACCACCCGAACUGUUUUGUCAGCCGCAGAGCAGAUCUGGGUUUUCUCACUACUUUUAGUGCCUCUCAGCUCUUAGGAUUUGGGCUCCUGAACGCUGAAGAUAAAGAGACCCUGAAGAAGCAGCUGCCUGCUGUCAAGAAUGAAGGAAAAAGAAAAGGAGAUGAGGUGGACGCCAAUGUGAACGCAAAAAAGAAACCGAAAAAGGAGAAAGAAAAACAGUCCAAACAGGAGAAGCUGCUGAAGGAGCAGACAGAAUUGAUUUGGAACAUCAAAGAUGAGUUGAAGAAAGCCUGUUCCACCAACGACCUGAAAGAACUCCUGAUAGCCAACAAACAGGAAGUUCCUUCUGGGGAAUCUGCCAUCUUGGACCGUGUUUCCGACGGGAUGGCCUUUGGGGCCCUGUUGCCUUGCGAGGAGUGCAAGGGGCAGUUUGUGUUCAGGGGCGAUGCCUACUACUGCACGGGAGACAUCACAGCUUGGACGAAAUGUGUGGGCAAGACCCAGACCCCCAAUAGAAAAGAGUGGGUAACGCCCAAGGCAUUCCGAGAAAUCACAUAUCUCAAGAAAUUCAAAUUUAAAAGGCAAGAUAGAGCGUUCCCUCCUGAGGCUGCCUCUGCAAACGCCACACCUCCUCCAACCAUUUCUGCUCCAGUUACCGAGAACUCAGCUGCUCCGGCAGACCAACCAUUAAGUAGCAUGAAGAUUUUGAUCAUCGGGAAAUUGUCGAAGAACAAGGAUGAAAUCAAGUCUGCCGUUGAAGAACUUGGGGGAAAGGUGACUGCUACCGUGAAUAAAGCUGACCUGUGUAUCAGCUCCCAAAAGGAAAUUGAGAAAAUGAACAAGAAAAUGGAAGAAGUGAAGGAGGCCCAGGUGCGUGUGGUCUCAGAGGAGUUCCUCCAGGACAUGAAAAGCUCCAGCAAGGGCUUUCAGGAGCUUCUGUCAGUUCAUGCUCUCUCUCCCUGGGGUGCAGAAAUAAAGCAGGAGCACAAAGAGGUGCCCAAAGGAGGAAAAUCAGGUGGACACCCAAACAUGAAAAGCACGGGGAAGAACAAGGAAGAGCAAGGGACAAGCAAGGCUGAAAAGAAAAUGAAGCUGACAGUUAAAGGAGGUGCCGCUGUGGACCCUGAUUCAGGCUUGGAGGAUUCUGCUCAUGUUUUUGAAAAAGGUGGUAAAAUCUUCAGCGCUACUCUUGGUCUGGUAGAUAUCGUCAGAGGGACAAAUUCAUAUUACAAGCUUCAGCUGCUGGAAGAUGACCGGGAAAUCAGACACUGGGUUUUCCGCUCUUGGGGUCGCGUUGGCACAGUGAUUGGAAGCAACAAGCUAGAGCAGAUGCCAUCUAAAGAGGAAGCCAUCGAACAUUUCCUGAAUUUGUAUGAGGAGAAGACUGGCAACUCCUGGCAUUCCAAAAAUUUCACCAAAUAUCCAAAAAAAUUCUACCCUCUGGAAAUAGACUACGGACAGGAUGAAGAGGCAGUGAAGAAACUGACAGUGAGUGCAGGCACCAAAUCCAAGCUUCCCAAGCCAGUCCAGGACCUGAUCAAGAUGAUCUUCGACGUGGAAAGCAUGAAGAAGGCCAUGGUGGAAUUUGAGAUUGACCUCCAGAAGAUGCCUUUGGGGAAGCUGAGCAAGAGGCAGAUCCAGAGUGCCUACUCCAUACUUAAUGAAGUGCAGCAGGCAGUUUCUGAUGGUGGCACGGAUUCCCAGAUACUGGACCUCUCCAAUCGCUUCUACACUCUCAUCCCUCAUGACUUUGGGAUGAAGAAGCCUCCUCUUUUAAACAACGUAGACUACAUCAAGUCCAAAGUGGACAUGUUGGACAAUCUGCUUGACAUUGAGGUCGCCUACAGCCUACUCAGAAGUGGUGGUCAGGAUGGAGAUAAAGAUCCAAUUGAUGUGAAUUACGAGAAGCUCAAAACAGAUAUCAAGGUAGUAGACAAAAACUCCGAGGAAGCAAAGAUCAUAAAGCAGUAUGUUAAGAACACUCAUGCAAGUACUCACAACGCAUAUGACUUGAAAGUGGCGGAGAUUUUCAAGAUUGAGCGUGAAGGAGAAACUCAGCGUUAUAAACCAUUCCAAGAGUUACACAAUCGUCAGUUGCUGUGGCAUGGUUCCCGCGCUACCAACUUUGCUGGCAUCUUGUCACAAGGUCUCCGAAUAGCUCCACCUGAAGCUCCUGUGACUGGCUACAUGUUUGGUAAAGGCAUCUACUUUGCCGAUAUGGUGUCCAAGAGCGCCAACUACUGCCAUCCUUCUCAAGCUGACCCAAUAGGAUUAAUCUUGCUGGGAGAAGUUGCCCUUGGAAACAUGUAUGAACUGAAAAAUGCUUCCCAUAUAACCAAGCUACCAAAAGGAAAACACAGUGUCAAAGGUUUGGGCAAAACGGCACCAGAUCCCUCAGCCACUGUGACUCUUGAUGGUGUAGAUGUUCCUUUAGGCAAUGGAAUUCCAUCUGGAGUUAGCAACACCUGUCUUCUGUAUAAUGAAUAUAUUGUCUAUGAUCUUGCUCAGGUAAAUCUGAAGUACCUGCUGAAACUGAAGUUCAACUAUAAGACAUCUCUCUGGUGAAGAAAAAAAAUAAUUUGUUGAAGAGUUAAUAAUGCAAAACCUUUUGAAAUACCUAAGCAGUGAUUCCCAUGACUGAGAUACAAGAAAAAAAGUUACAGGGCUUUGCUGAAUCUAAGUUUAGUCAAUCACCUUAGUAAGGCUUUUUUAACACACAUGUGCAACAACACAUGAAACUGAAUACUAUGAGAAAUUUUCUGUUGUUUUUCCCCCUCUCCCUCUUUUGGCCCAUUCUAGUUUUGGGGCUAUUGUGUGUCCUUUAACUGACAGACCAAAAAAACAACAACACCCUUGAUUUUAGCCUUUUGUAAGUGAGGCAGGGAGAAGAAAUUUAGAACUGUUUACAAGAAGCAAAUCUUCCUUAGUUUCUAUUAUGAAUAAAUGUUAAACGUGUUUAUUUUGAAGUAAAAAUAAAAGCUAAUUUCAUACUAAA